AUGGCAUCAUUGAUGGAGGACUCUUUUUCUGUGUCUGCCACAGAUUUAGUGGAUGCCUCUCUUAAAGGCAGCCCCAUCAAUGUCAGAAAGCUCCAUAAGAGAGCUUUCCUUGCCAGGGAUCUAUCCUCUUCAUCUUCUGAGGAGGAUUUGUUCCCAGUUUUACGUAAAAAGAAUAAAGGAAGGCGGCUGGUCUCUUCCGCCAUUUCCUCGUCUGAGGAAAACUUCUCUGCGCCUCCUUCCCCUCAUACUCGUUUGAGUAAGCAUAAAUUUAAGGGGACAGGACCCCAAAAAAGGAAUAGCGUGUUUCCCUCGUUUGAGCACCAGAAACACCUUCCAGAGAAAAAGGACAAAUCUCGUUGGAGGUUAGAUAGUCCCUCUCCUUCCUCUUCUAGAGCGUUUGCUCACUCUUCCUCCCAAAGCCGUCCCAGUUCCAGAUACGGCUCUCCAGAAAUAGACUGGGAAUCUGAGGAAGUGGUUCGUUCAGCAGCUUCCACUGAGCGAGGGAAGCUAAGCAAUGUUCAGAUGGCCAGAGUAAGUCUCCUAGGAAAGACUCUCCCAUCAAAAUUAUUUCACUCCAGAUGGGCUAUGGAGCACGAUUCUGAGGUUAGAGAUUUUGCAAAACUAGCCUUCAGAUCUCCCUUGGUUAAGGAGGAUGACCUUCUUCUCAGGAACCACAUCGGUAUCCCGGACAUUCAGGCUUUAAUGGCCCCAGAGGUAGAUCCUGCUCUGUUAUCCAUCACAGGGAGCAGCGCAUCCUCUGAUCCCACAGACCAGACUUUUCGCAAUAUACAGUUCAAAAUUGCUGAUGCUGUGGGCCCACUAUUACUGAUGCUGGAUAAGGCAGAAAAAGAAGGCAAUGCUCAGAAACCUUUCGCUUCAUCUCUGUUGGCAUCUAAGAUGGCCCUUUUAAAAGCGUCUGGCAGGGCAGUGCUAAUUAUUGGCCAAUCCUUUAAUUACAUAUCUAACAUCCGCAGAUCCCACUGGCUCCAUGCAGCAGGUCUGUCCGACCUAGCCCCCAAAUCGCAUGAGUUCCCAAAUUUGGAGGAUUCGGUCCCUCGUUCAUUCAGGAGGUUAAAGGCAGUUACAAGGCAAGGAGAUCCUUUUCAGAACUCAAGAAGUCCGUCCCUGGCUACAAAAAGCCCUUUCGGACAGAGGGGCGCCCCAAUAGGGCUGCAGGAGCGUCCCGAGAAGCCUCUCACCAGGCCCAGUACCGCCACUACAGUGGAAGACACAAGCUCCCAGGCGGUGGCAGAGGAGCGCAUUCCAGAGGCGGUUCAGCUUCCAAAAGAAAACCCAUGCAUUCAAGUAAGUGUGCCUCCUCAUAUGCCACUAAAUUGGAAGGAUAUUUCCUCAGACAAAUUGGUUCUAAAGAUUUUUCAAAGGGGUUUACAACUCUGUUUGCAUCCCAAACAUCUGCACAAACUCCCAGGUUCUUCUCCCGGACCUGGACAAAGGGAGCUUGGAAAAUGGAUGCAAUGUCUUUCCAAUGGACAGAUGUUCCAGCCCCUUAUGCUUUCCCCCCUCCAUCUUUACUGAUGAAAGUGCUGGAGAAGAUCCGCAGGGACAGGGUGCAGAUCUUAGUUCUCGUUUAUCCAGUAUGGACCUCCAGACCCUGGUAUCCCUUGAUCCAUCAGUUAGUCAAGGGAACCAAGAUCCCAUUGGGCAUGACAGUGGACUGCUUUCAGGGAACCAGCGAUCUCCUGCUCAAGCUCCCGCAGCUGAUGUGGAUCGCAGCCCAAGUAGGCUGUUAACACAUCCUCUUUUAUCGGAUCAGGUCUUGGAUAUUAUUAACUCAUCUUUAAGACGUAGAACUAGGGUAAGAUAUAGAAAGAUGAUCGAGGAAUUCAAAGAAUGGGAGGUUUCUUUUCUGUCUAACACACAAGGAUCCGAUACCGUUCCAUUGGCUUUAGAAUUUCUUACCCUUAAGUUCCAUUCUGGUUUAUCUGUCAGUUCAAUCAAGACAUAUGGAUCUGCUUUAAACUUCCUGAUCCCCAACCUUACUCAGGAUGCCCUGUAUUUGAGAUUACUAAAAGAGUUAUCCGUCUGCCGCCCAUAUACCCCACGCUACACAUCUACUUGGGAUGUAGAUGUCUUAUUAAAUUUCCUAAAGUCUUUGGAUAAUGCUAAAAUUGAUUUAAGAUGGACUGCUAUUAAGUUGGCUUCUCUGCUGUCCUUGGCCCUGGCAGCUAGAGGAGCAGAGUUAACUCAAAUCCAUAUUUCAGACCAUUGGUUGUCCAGGCCCCCGAGAGGUUUUCAUAUUAUACUAAAAGGCAGACAAAAAACAUCCAAUUUUUCUCCUGGUCCGGUAGAAUUGGACUUGGUCCAAGAUCUUUCCGAACCAGGCUUAUGUUUAGUCAGUUUGUUACAAUCGUACCUUCAACUUUCUGCUGUAUUUAGAAAAGAUAUCAAUCAAUUAUUCAUUACAUCAAGGAAUCCCUUUCGUCCAGCCAAGGUUAAUACUAUUAGAGGCUGGAUACUUUCCGCCAUGUCUUCGGCUGGAAUUGAUGUUUCUGUGUUCAAAAGCCAUUCAAUUAGGGGAGCCUCGGCUACUAAAGCAGCAGGGAAGGGCCUUCCUCUCCCUAUUAUCUUGAAAGCUGCGAGAUGGUUGUCCAGUAAAACCUUUGUUAGAUUUUACUGGAGGCCAUCAGAAGUUGAACGCCUUCAGUUUCUUAGGACCACCACCAGGUGUGUGCUAUUCUACCCACUAGCUUUGCUAGGUGGUUAUGCCUCCCGGAGGACAAAUCAGAGUUUGCAGGAAUCUAUGAUCUGCAAACUUUCUUUGUCUUAG